CACACACACACACACACACACACACACACACACACACACACGGAGCGCUUCGUUUCAUCUCUCACCCACAGAGGAAACGAACCCCUCCUUCCACAUACCCCUACAACCUAUCUAUCUUGCUAUGAGGCGUUAAAACGGCGUUUGAUAUUCAUUCUACAUAUUCCCUUUCCCGAUUUGCACCCUCUUUACCCAUCUGUACAUCCCCUUCCUAUACGAUACACCCCGAUCCGGUAGGACGGAUAACAAGUGGAAAUGGGCACGGUGCACACGGAACAGGACACUAGGGAUUAUCUAUCUAUCUGGGCGGGCGGACGGACGGCACGGCACGGUACGGUACGGUUUCUAUUUGAUAUCCCCAAUGGCUUUGCAAGCAUGUAUGGCACAUUGCUCAAUGUUAUCUUUAUAUCUGAUUCUAUCCUGUCUUUCCUUUCUCUUCUUCUCUUGAUGUCAAUUUACCUUACCUUCUCUUUACUUACACGAAUGUAUUUGCUAUGCUAUCUUCCUCUUCUGUGUUUUGAGGCAAACGCUGUUAGCUUUCCAUACAUCGAAGUACACAAUAGUACCUAUAGUCGCGUUGAAUCUUUGCGUUGGGGGUUUAGCUCUAAAUAGACGAGGAUAUUAGUAUGUUUAGUAUUUCUGCAAAUGGAGUGGAGACUACUUCUCUAAUUAGUCUUUGAGGCAGUGCCACAUCACUUGGGACUUGAUAGUAG